AUGGCCACGGCCGGAUCCCAGGCGCACGGGCCGCAAAAAGGGAGUGCCUUGUCGGGCCUCUCGGGCGGCACAACAGAUCCAGAUCCUGUGGCGGAGCGAGUUUCGCCCGAUUUUCUGGUCGUGAUCCUGGAUCUGAACCCUGAUGCGUGGCAGCAGAGCGCGUCGAACCAGGCCGCGAGCGCAGAGCAGCGCGCCGAGCUGGCCUUUGCCCAGCUGAAGCAGACACUCUACACCGUUUUGUCAAGCAACAGCUCAGAGGUUAGCAUGUGCUUGCCUUUCAAGCAGGUUGACGACGCUGUGUUUGAGGGUGUGCGCAGCUUGAUUCACGAAGCAUGCACGGAAGAGACCAAUGCGAAUCGGCCUAUUGGCAUGGUUCGCGCACUCUCGCUCGCUCUGUGCCAUAUCAACCGCAUUGCGAUCCUCACGAGGAUUGGCGAUGACCAGAACGAGCUGGACCCCGCAGCCGUGGAGCGCACCGCCGAGCGGAAUCAGCUCGCAGCAGCCACCUUUCGGCACCGCGUCCUGAUUCUGAGCGUGACACAGGACGCCAGUGCACAGUAUGUGCCUAUGAUGAACUGUAUUUUUAGUGCCCAGAAACAGGGUAUCCACAUCGAUGUCUGCAAGCUCUUUGGCGAAGAUACCGUCUUUUUGCGUCAGGCCUGCCAUCUUACGGGCGGCCACUAUUACAGACUAGAUGGCCUCGACGGAUUGCUACAAGUCUUGAUGACAGUAUACCUCCCAUCGCGCUCCAUCCGGCCCAUGCUCAUGUUCCCUGCCAUGGACGAUGUCGACUUCCGUGCUGCAUGUUUCUGCCACCGCCGGAACGUGGAUAUUGGGUAUGUUUGCUCUGUGUGCCUCAGCAUUUUUUGUGGGCCGCGCAAAGAGUGCUUGAUCUGCCGCUCCGAGUUUCCCCCGGGCACGCUGCAGCGUUUUGAGGACGAACAGGCAGUUGCUGCAUUGCUCCGCUCGGGCUAG